UUAUAGAGUUCAAUUCCCACCAAGUUUUUGACAAGAGCAGUUGUAAACGUUGAAGUUAUUGUUGAAAAAUAAAUUUAUUAUAGUUCAGAAUGUCGUAUCAGUUAUACAGGAACACGACGUUGGGUAACACACUUCAAGAAAGUUUGGAUGAAUUGAUUCAGUAUGGCCAGAUCACACCGCAACUGGCAGUCAAAGUUCUUUUACAAUUUGACAAGGCAAUUAACCAGGCACUUGCCACAAGGGUCAAGUCACGACUCACUUUCAAGGCUGGUAAACUGAACACGUAUAGAUUCUGCGACAAUGUGUGGACCUUUAUGUUGAAUGAUGUUGAAUUCCGGGAAGUACAAGAAGUGGCAAUUGUAGACAAGGUCAAAAUAGUAGCCUGUGAUGGCAAAACUUUGGAUGCAGAUGCUCCUACCAAACGAUAACAGAUAGACGAUCUUUAACGGAACUGACACAUUCAAAUAUAGUUUAGUUAAUUUUUCUCGACUCCCUAUCAACUAUUACAACCUUUGCCAUUAUGUUUUUGAAAAGUAACACAUGAAUAAUGCUGAAUAUACGACAAAACACCUAUCAAAGGCCUUCAUCGGAUAGAUUUUAUAUUGUACUUGAAAAGAAUAGGAGUAAGGUAACAAAUAAAAUCCAAGUCCAGUGCAUUCUGAAUGCAGUAGUCAUCGGGCAUUUGUA